AUGACAUCUCAGUUGCAAACUGUAACGCCAGAAACAGCGCGUUUCCCGGCCCCGCAACCCCCGCCCAGGCCCCUUCCGCCGCCAGGCCACGGCGGUCUCCCGGGCCCCGCCCGCACUCCCGCGGCGUACGCGUCUCCAGGCCCCGCGCCCCCCGCCCGGGCACGCACCCGGCUCGGGCCGCGCGUGCGGACAGAGGAGGAGGAGGAGGAAGGAGCAGAAGGAAGGAGGAGGCCGCGCUCGGCCGCGGCCCGGACCGGAGAGCGCCCGUCGGGCGGCAGGGGGCGUCCCGGCGGCCUCGCGGGUCACGCAGAGCGGAGCAUCCCUCCCCCCACACACUCUUUCCCUCCCUCGUCGCCGCGCCGCCGCGUCCGGCACCUGCUGCCGCCCCGCGCCCACCCCCGACCGCAACCGGGGCCUCACCCGCUGUUGUCGCUGCAGACGCCGCCCGCGGCUCCCUGCGGCGGCUGGCGGCGGAGAGUCGAGGGGCGGCGGGGCUCGGCGCGGCCGCGGCACGGGCCCCACUCCGGCCGCUCCCGCCGCAUGGAGGGGAGAGGGCAGGCUGGAGCGAGGGGACAGGCGCGGGGGGAGCGGGCAGCGAGGCCCAGGCGGGACGGGGCGGGAGGGGGCUCAGCGGCGGCGGGAGCGCGGGGGCCGCUGCCUCCGCCUCAUCCCUGCCCGCGCCUCCGCCGGGCCAACGCCGCUGCCCGGGCGCCGUCGCCUAGCAACCGCGCCCAGCCCCCGCCGCUGCGGGCGCCCGGCUCCUCACGGCGCCCCGCGCGCUCCCGGCGGCAGCGCACGCGCCGUUGACACGCGGCGCGCGCGGCGGCCUUCCGCUCCCGCCUGGCGCCAGGGUGCUGCCGGCGCGUGCCCGGGUCUGGGCCAGGGCCGCGCCCGCGGCGCAGGAGCGGCGGCGGGCCGCGCGGGGAGCGAACUCCUUGAGGGUUGAGAAAGACGGGGUGCUCUUAGGAGCCGAGGGCUGGCGUGUGGCUGUCGC